UAAUAAUCUAUUUUUAAAGUAUUCCGUACAUUGUGUGAUACUUUCAUAGGUACAGAAUGUUUUACAAUCUUUAAUUUAUAGAGGAAACACUAAACUUUGCUCAUUAUUUCUGCAAAAUAUAUUUAAAGAAACACAAAUACAUAUCAGCUGAUCGGAAAGGGACGCAACUCCUUGUCUAGUGUGUUAACGCCAUAACUGCUUUCUCAGACGUCCGCUCUUCGGCUAUAUAAACGUGACACUCGGGCAGUGUAGUCAUUUAGAGAAGCUGCCACUAUGAGAGCACUUGUUCUUGGGCACAGCUUUAUCAGGCGACUGAGAGACUGGAUGAGGGUGAACGGCAGAGUGAUGAGGCAUGGCAACCUGGAUGUCCAUCUGCAUGGUGUUGGAGGCAGAACUGUCCCACAGGUGUACCACCUUGACAUGCAGUUGGUAGAGAGGAUCAGUCCUGACGUUAUUUUGCUUCAGCUGGGGGGAAAUGACAUCAACGACACGACCUCCGCCUCUGAUGUCCUGGUGAAGCUGAAGAGGCGGAUUACCGUGCUGAGGGAGAAACACCCGGAUUCCAUCAUCAUUGUGGCCUCGAUCUUUUGUCGAAGGCGACCCAGGGGUCUUUCUUCACGGUCUUAUGACCGUAAGAAGAAACGGGUCAAUAAAUUUCUUCUUAAAGAAUUUGGUGCUUUCGAGCAGGGGAAGAAAGUCUUUUUCUUUUCCCACAAAUUCUUUAAGGAGAAACACUUUGACAGGGAUGGAGUUCACCUCAAUGAUGAUGGAAACAGGUGUUUCUAUCACAGCAUUUUUUCAGCCCUUCGGCUGGUCCUGUGAUGCACAGCUGCCUCCUUCCUGUUCAGAUUGGUACAGAUAGGUUACCUGUUAGCUGACCUUUGCUGUUGACCCUACCAUCCAGUCAA